UUUUGGCGGUUUGUGUUUUAAUUUAACCACAAUAAACGGGUUUGUUUGGUGGGGGGUUGUCAGGUAAUGAAAGGGGGACUGCUGAGGCCAAAAGGGAAACCGGGGAGUUUCCUGCCUUGGAGGUCCGCCCGCCUGCCUGCCGGGUCACAGGUUGAUGUGUCCUCAGCGGGCGCCCGCAGGGUUGCUUUCAAGCCUGACUGCCGACGGCUCCCAGACUCCGCCGGGCUCCUGAGCCGGCCCAUCGAUCGCACCUCGCUCCACGAGACGGCCCUCGCCGUUUGGCCGCCUCCCUUCCAGCGGUCAAGCAGUCGGCGGGACUGCGUCGCCAUGGAUACGGAGUCAACCUACUCGGGAUAUUCCUACUACUCUGGACGCUCCCGGGGAUCACACAGACACGGGGAGCGAAGCCGGGACCGCCACAAGUCUCGCAGCAAAGACAGCCGCUCGGAAAAGUCUGUGACCAUCAACACGCCGCCCGCCGAGCCGCUGCUGGGCGACUCGUCUGUCAGGGGGGAGCCGGUUCAGGAUGAUAACUGGGGCGAGACCACCACAGCUGUCACAGGCACGUCCGAGCACAGCCUGUCCCAGGAGGACAUCGUCCGCAUCACCAAGGACCUGGAAGACAGCGUGGGGCUCAACUGUCGCCGCUACCUCACCCGGACGUUGGCCGUGAUCCUAGGCAUCCUGGUGCUCCUCACGCCGCUGGCCUUCCUGGUGCUCCCCCACCUCCUCUGGCCGGACAAGCUGGAGCCCUGCGGGACGGCCUGCGAGGGCCUCUACAUCUCAGUAGCCUUCAAGCUCCUUAUCCUCCUGCUAGCCGUUUGGGGACUCUUCUUCAGGCCGCCGCGAGCAAGCCUCCCGCGGGUGUUUGCGUUUCGGGCCCUCCUCUCUGUUCUAGUGCUACUCUUCGUCAUCUCGUAUUGGCUCUUCUACGCAGUCCGGAUACUUGAAGUGCAGGAUCCAGACUACAAGGGCAUCGUGCAGUACGCUGUCUCGCUCGUGGACGCCCUGCUCUUCAUUCACUACCUGGCCGUCGUGUUGCUGGAGCUCCGCCAGCUGCAGCCAUGCUUCUCCGUAUGCGUCACGCGUUCCACGGACGGCGAGACGAGACAUUACAACCUGGGACAGCUCAGUAUUCAGCGGGCGGCCCUGGCCAUCAUCGAGCACUACUACAGCGAUUUCCCAGUCCACAACCCGGCGCUGCUCUCUGCCUCCAAAUCCCGCGCCGCCAAGCACCUGGCCGGCCUCAAGGUCUACAACGUGGAUGGUGAGUUCCCAGCAGCCUCUGCUGAGGGUCCCGGACCCGGCAACAACGCGGCAGCAGGGCUCGCCCACUCCCAGUCCAGAGCUAUGAUCGCCGCCGCCGCCCGACGCCGCGACACGAGCCACAACGAGCUCUACUACGAGGAGGCGGAGCACGAGCGGCGCGUCCGUAAGCGCAAAGCGCGGCUGGUGGUGGCGGUUGAAGAGGCCUUCACGCACAUCAAACGGAUGCAGGAGGAGGAGCAGAAGAAGUCGCCGGGGGACGUGAUGGACCCGCGAGAGGCGGCCCAGGCCAUCUUCCCCUCCAUGGCCCGAGCGCUGCAGAAGUACCUGCGGACCACCAAGCAGCAGCACUGCCACAGCAUGGAGAGCAUCCAGCAGCACCUGGCCUUCUGCAUCACCAACAACAUGACGCCCAAGGCGUUCCUAGAGAGCUACCUGACCCCGGGUCCGACCCUGCAGUACAACCGGGACCGAUGGCUGGCCCGCCACUGGACGCUCAUCAGCGAGGCGUCGGUCACCAGCGGUCUGCGAGACGGAAGCGUCUUCCUGCUGAAGUGCGUGGACUUCAGCCUGGUGAUCGCCGCCAAAAGGAUCCCCUUCGUGCAGAUGUCCGAGGAGUACAUCGACCCCAAGUCCCACAAGUUUGUCCUGCGGCUACAGUCGGAGACCUCGGUGUAGGACCUUGUUUUUAUUCGCCUCACACUCGUCGUCGCGUCACCUCGCUCUCAAAGUGUUUGAAGUUUUUAUUUGUACUUUUUUCAGAUUUUUUAUAAAUAUUAUAUAUGAAUCUAUAUACACGCUCACAUUUAAAUUUAUUGAUCUUUUUGAUUUCCGGACGCCGCCUUUUUUGUGUCCACACAAUCACGUGUUACGUUUGAGACGCCGAUCCAAACUGAAACUAGUCUCCGCUCAUUGGGAUUAUCAAGGGACUGCGGCUCCGUCUGGGACCGUCCUGGCGUCUUCAACAGCAGGAACUUUUGAGUGGAACCCUUUACGGCGGCCACUUCACUGUGACUCACUCUGUCCGAAGGGCGUCUGGGAAACGGCGCUGGUUUCAAACGGCUGCGCAGACGUCGUCAGGCUGUGUUUUUUUCACCUGUGCCGAUUUUAUGGAACAAAGAAAUAAACUUGGGAUGCCAAAUUUUCCUUAAAUGUUCAGCAAAAACUGAGCGUCCUUUGUUUGGUUAAUCUGCGUGUGGACGUGGGAUCUGUUCGCAAAUAAAAACACAUAAACUGAAAACCAUAUUUGACCUGAAACUAAACACUCAGAUUUGCAUUAAAUAAAUAUUUUUUUCUAAAAUAAAAAA